UCCUGCAGCUUCAGCAGCUUCAGCAGCAUGGAGACUCAACCGCAGCUUCACAUCGGGAGCUUUAGAUAAGAAAAGCAGGUUUGGGAAUAAAAAUAAACAUUUGAGCGUCAACUGGUUGAAAAUGCCUGGAUUUGGGCGCCGGAUUAACGCAACCUGGAUUUUGCUGUUGGGGAUUUUUCACUCGUGUUUCUCCAGUUACUCUGAGGAUCAGUGCAGCUGGACAGGAAGUGGUUUAUCGCAGCAGCAGGGCAGCGUGGAGCAGAUCUCCCUGCACUGCUCUGAGGGGACCCUGGACUGGCUGUACCCCAAGGGGGCGCUGCGCCUCACCCUCACGCCCCGCCUGGCCCCCGUGGCGGCGGCGGGCCCCGGUGGCGGCGUCAUCACGGCCUGCGUGAAGCCGUCGGAGCAGUUUCACGGCGCCCAGCUGUACCUGGAGAGGGACGGGCUGCUGGAGCUGCUGGUGGGGGACCGGAUGGAGGCGUCGCCCCCACCGAGGGUCCGCUGCUUCAGCCGCACGCCGGGCCAGAGGGUGGCGCUGUUCCUGCAGGCCACGCCGCAUCAGGACAUCAGCAGGCGGACCGCAUCGUUCCGCUACGAGCUGCGCGGCGGCUGGACGGCGCGCAUGGCGCUGGACUCCAACGCCAUCAGCAGAGAAGAUGCCUGCCGGCCGUGCAACGAUACCGAGAUCCUGAUGGCGGUUUGCACCAGCGACUUUGUCGUUCGAGGGAACAUCCGGUCGGUGGAGGAGGACGAAACGCUGCGCGCCGCCGUGAUCAAGGUCAGCGCCACCCGGGUUUUCCGUCAGAAGUACACGCUGUUCACGGGGAGCGGUCGGCUGGCGAGCCGCGGCGAGGUGCGGACGCUGCUGCAGUGCGGCGUCCGGCCAGGACCCGGCAGCUUCCUCUUCACCGGCAGAGUGCACUUCGGCGAGGCCUGGCUGGGCUGCGCGCCGCGCUACAAGGACUUCCAGAGGACUUACUCUCUGGCCAAAGCCGCCCAGCAGAUCCCCUGUGAACUUCCUGUAGACUGAGAUGCUCGGAUGAAACCGUGGCGCUGAACGCCAAGCAGCCGCCGCCCCCGCCAGGCUGCUGCAGCCAGGCAGCCCCCGCCAGGCAGGCACCGCCAGGCAGGCACCGCCAGGCAGGCACCGCCAGGCUGCUGCAGCCAGGUUUGAAGUGAAUCCUCAGCAUGACUUCCUGGACUUGAACAAAAGAAUUUUAGCUUUGGACUAUUUUCUCAAGCGCGUCGUCUGAGGGUUGUUGGUUUAAAACUCAGGAAAACAAAGAAAUCUCAGUGGUUUGUUGCGGCUGUGGGAUGAUUUCGGUGGAUGAUGUCAGACGUCCAGCGGCUCGUGUUGUCCUCUAACCGAGGAGGGAGGACUGGACAAUGAAUCAAUAACGAUAAAUAUCACCAUCUGUGAAAACAUCCCAGAAUAUUCACUGAACUCUCUCUGGUUGCCUAGCAACAAGCUGCUGAGUGACUUACAGCAGGUUCAAAUCCGCCGCCUGAAAACUGCUAAAGCAAUAAGACACAACGAACGGAGUUAAACAGGAGAGGCUUUACUUCAGAUAUUUAAAACAUAAAUCAGUAAUUAUCGAUAUCGGCUGAUAUCGAUAACUAUUGUGAUCGUCCAGCCAGACGAAGAGGUUCGAUAAGAAUCGCUGAAGAAUAUUUGCACUCAAAGGAAGGAGGGAAAAUGCUGCAAGCACUGAAAACCAAAUGAGGGAACAAAGCAACUUUAUGUAGUGGAGCAACGAGAAUUUAAUAUAUGAACAGAUGAGAGCAGCUGAUGCUGCCAUCAUGGAUUCACUUCCUGUUGCAAACAAUCUGCCACAAUAAAUCAGGUGGUGAUUGGACAAAAUAGCCAUAAAUCUGGUUAUUUAAAAAAACCAGCUGAAAUAAAUCUAAUCAAUAUCGACGCGUAUUAAUCCUCCAAAUAUAAAUGUUAUAGAGAUGCACCAAUAUAUCUGCUGUCGACUGGCUGGCGUCUGGAAACUCCGAUAUUUUUCCAGUCAUUGAACACAACCAGCUACCAGUUUUGCUCAUCAGUGUAGAAGCUAAUGCUGAGUGAAGAGGACGUAGCAUUAGCCGCUUUAGCUCUAAUGAGUAAGGAAAAUGUGUUUUCAGUACUGCGUCUGUAGAGAGACCUGGACUUUCAGUAGCAAACAGGAAGGCUGAACUCCUGCUGGGGUUUUCGGGAACCAGCUUGAAAUGCUAACAGAAAGUUUUUAACUGUAUCCGUUCCCCCAGAAACGUAAAUAUUCUUAGCAGGUUCUACAGUGACCUUUGACCCCAAACACAUCAUACAUGACAAGAACAAUGGCGGAUUACUGGUUGUUUUAUUACUUUUAAUGAAAGUGAGACAAAGUUCAAAUUGACUCGUUGCUUUGGAUUUUUUUGUUUUGUUUACUACUAAGCUCAUGUCCCAGACUGCGUGCUUAGCGCCACUCACUGGUGUGGAGGAGUAAAAACGUUUUGCCGUUUUUCUCUGUUUCCUUGUGGAUGUAAAUAUUUCUGGAAAAUAAAUUCAUUACAACAAUAAAUUUCUACACGAAUAAAGUUGGAAUAAGAUAAUAAAGUAGUAAUUUUAUGAGAAAAGCAUCUUGUGAAAUUAUACUUUGGUUUCAGUUUUACAAAUGAGGAAAUAUUUCAUAUUUUAGCAUCAAAUUAUCACUUAUGAAAUGGUUGUUUCAAAUAACGGCGUAUCAUUCUAUCCAAGCUUUUCUCUCAUGAAAACUGCUUUUUUAUUGUCAUUUUGUUUCUUUUUGUAAUAUUUUCACUUUAUUGUUGUAUUUUGUUCUAUAUCCCAACAAGUUUGAAGGUUUUCCAGGUUUUAUGUUUUCACAAAGCAGCAAACGUUCACACCAAAUUACCGUGAUAUGCUUAUGCUGCCAUUUUUAUGAUGUAAAUUUAUGUUAAUAUCAGAAUGAAUGUAAAUAUGUUCAUAAGAAGUUUUAUAAAGAAGGAAACAAAAAAAUAUUGUGGAUUAUUUUUAUGUUCUGUUUUGUGCUAUUAAAAUAUCGUCUAAGAAG